CGUAGAUCCCAAUCAUCAUUCAUCAGGGCAAUCAUGCAUCCAAAAAUAAGGAAGCUGAGAAUCUGUGCCUGAAGAUCUGUACUAGUAUAGGCACAAUUAUCAUCAUCAUCAUCAUCAUCAUCAUCAUCAUCAUAAGUAUUGAGAUUUUGAAUUUUCCGCAUCGAUUUUUGUAUUUGUAAUUGUUCCGCAACGAUUCCUCUAAUUUGGUUUGUGGUCUCCCCGAAGAUUCCCUUUUAUCCCAUUAAAGUUUCAGAAGUACUUUGUUAGAAGGAUCGAGGUAACUACCUUAACCUUAUUUUCCGAUCAUAAUGAACUUCAAAAUUUUCGCAUGAUGAUAGUGGUAGAAGAAGUAGGUUGCAUUUUUUGAUGUGAGUUGACUUUUUGGACUGUUACUUUGUACCUCCACGACCUCUCAAAUAGGUUACUAGCUACUGGUUCUUUUCUAGUAGAAUUACUCUCUGCUACUUCUUGAUCAAAACCACAUUACCUCAACUACUUCUAGCAGGAAGACACUUCUAGCAGGAAGAUCAUCAGGCACAUUCCUACAGUCUCAGGCACAUUCCUUCAGUCAUUCAUCUUGCAGCCUUCCUUCUUGAGCAUCACACGACUCACAACUACAACUACUUGUAGCAUCACCUUCUUCUCGCUUCGUCUACUUCUUCUUCUCCACGUCACUCACCAAUUGUUCAAAAAAAAUGUCGUACGGUUGUAGGCCGCUUACUGUACACCACCUUUCCGAUCUCGGUCUGUUUGUCAUUCCGGCGCAACUGCGUGGGCUACUUAGUAAGGUAUUCUACAAGUUUCGUUUUUUUUUUGAGCUUAUGCUCCUUUUCUACGCAUGUUGAGGUAAGGCGUUCCGAGCGAUCUUCGUUAUUGUGUGGGUUAGCGUUCUAUGAGUCUUUAUUUUUGUAUCUACUUAACUACAAGUGCAAGUGAAGUCAUCAGUCAUUACGCACAGUAAUUUUUGUACCAAACCUCUCUUCAGGAGCCACAGCCUGCGACCGGCACAAGCCCCGCCCAACAGGGUGCGACCGCUACCACCGCCACAACUGUGAAGGAGGUGAAGAAACAGCUACUUGAGCCAGCAGAAUAUACAGUAAAGGUGCAGCGAUUGUAUGCGAAGAGAAAGCCGAAUACCAAGGUGUCGUGGGGUGGCUACGGAUGUGUACAGAAAAUUUCAGGCGUUCACGACGCCGCGGCCGCAAGCAAGGACAAGGAGAACAAAAAUGGUGCAGCACAGGCGAACAACAAGGGGGACAAAGGUUAUGACACAGUUCGUUCAUGUACUUGAUAUGACUCCCUCCUGUAUAUGUUGUUGUAUAUGCUACUAGUCAUCUGGUGUCAUCAUGAUCAUGGUUGUUGUUUGAAAACUAUAAAAGUUGAGGUAGUUUGUUUUAUUCGUUGCUACAACGAACAGCGUGAGCCAUGACGCGGCUGAUAUACUUACGUAGUAUUAAGACUAAGAAAUAAUAAAAGAAUGGAAAAACCGAUUAUUCAUCCCACCAGCUACUUUCAUACCCCAGCAGCGCCUUCCAGUCCAAAGUCCAAGAGCCCUUUGCCUCGCAAAACCCUCGAUCCUAGGACCGGGAGUGUCAUAGAAGUAGUCCCGAACGAGCAUUUCGACGACCGAGCUGCAUUUUGGAAAACGUGGAGGUCGAAUCUGAAGGAUAUGAGUUUAUGAAGGGCAUGAAGGGCUACACUUAGUAGAAGUAGUGUUUGUUCAUGUUGUAUUUUUAUUGUUCUUCAGUGUAAAAACGCCCUACACGGGUGGUCAACCCCGCUUUUACCCACACGUCCUCCUUGGGGCGCUCUGCUAAAGCUCGUGGUCCCACCAGGUGUGGCGGCUCAGCGGCGGCAUCCUAUCCUAUGUAUCCUAUCAUCUAGAUUUCGUUGACAUGAUUUAGUAUGACAUUUCUCCUCUCCAAUUCCCGCGUACCUUGCGAAAUACGAACAGUUUGGCCCUGAGGUGGAUAACGUCAAUCUUGCCAUCUUCGAGGUGAAGCCUGUCGGACAGACGAUUUAUCAAAGCGCUUUUGAACGCUACGAUCAGCAUGGGAAGGCGUGAAGCAACAGGUGCUUUGGAGGGAUAUUUCUUAGAAGACCGAUUUUCCCUUAUGGGUUCGUUGAGGCUCUGAUGGAGUAUAAACGGAUGAACGGGUUUGAAUCGGACCUGUAAGGGACUCCACGUCAAGAGGUCGUUGUAAAUGCAAAUCGUAUACAUUUGGAUAUUGUUUCUCAAACAGACACAGAAGUGCGCUUGUCUAAAUUUUCUCUUGGGCACACAUCGUACUACAAUUCAUUUUUUCAUUGACUUUUUCACGCAGCUUACUAUGUUCAUAGAAAAAAAAGUACCUUCAUGGAAGAUCAGCAUCAGAUAAGACAAGAAUGUAGCACCAGCUGGUUGUCAAGUGAAGAUGUUGACGUCGUUCCUAAACAAUAGUUUUCUUUGUCCUGGUUCUUUCGCUCUCUCGUCUGGUUUCGCAGUAUGCCGUCAAAGGCAC